ACAGGAACUGAUGCAAACGGAUUUCCUCUCCGCGAAGAAUUCGCCAAGUCGUGCUUCGAAACUCUUCUUCAGUUCUCAUUUGUGAAUGGAACACCGGAAGUGGAUCGUCAAGCAGACCAGUCAGACGGCAAAGUGGCUGAGUUAGCUCUUGACGUUCUCCUCAGUCGAUGCAGUGAUGUGUUAGUGAAGUACGUUGAAGAUGAAAAACUUAGUGGAAAGUGUCCUCUUCCAAGGUAACUUUGUUCAUUUCUUUCAGGGGUUUGGUUGUUGUUGAGCCAUUGAUAUAGCUUCCAUUCUUCUCGGCUUACGAAUACAAUACCAUAAACUCCAAAAAAACUCAAAAUUUGUUUUUGUAACAUACUAGAAAACGAGAACCACCUUGUGAAAUACUGUGCUGACCAGGUUUUAGAACCACCUUGUACUGCACAGUAAACAGUAUCACAAUAAAGUACUGCUCAGUAGCUUUCACGUGAAUGGUCACACGCUCAGCAGCUUUCAUUUUAAUCUUCACACUCUAAGAGAUCAUCCACGCUUAAAACUAAGAAAGAUAUCUAUAACUGAGUAUGAAAUGAAGGAUUCAUUUAAAUUAUCUAGUGAUUUAGUUCGUUGUCCAGACACAUCCUUCUUAAAACGGAUUCCGAAUCACCGUGAGACCAAGAUGGCUAUAGUUGUUGGUGGGGCGGGUGGUGGGGGUGGGGGGCACUUUGCCGCUGUGAAGGGUGGGGCUUACUAAGCAGAUUAUGUUUCUCUAAAAUGAGUUAUCACUUAUGGAAAAUUGACCAGCGAUGUGAAAAACUGUGUUGCAUAGAGUAUGGAUAUUUGGGUCCCACCGGUACACCCCCUCUAAAAACUUCACAGAAUACCUCCCCCGGAAAGUACACCAGUUGUUUAGACAGUUGGUAAGUCUUUAAAUUCUUUAUUGCUAAUGUUAUUUAUUUUUUUUAACAUUCUUAGAACUCGUAUGGCAGAGAUGUCGUUUGUAAUGAAGGCCAUCAGCACGUUGGUGUCUUCAAUGAAAAGAGCUGUAAAGGAAAAUCCAACUGUCGGUAUGUUAUUGGCCAGCUAUCUCUUCUUUUCUAUAGAGCGUUUUCACUCACGUGGUCAGAUCUAUGCCAAUUUAUUGGAACAAAAAAAAGCCUUUGCAUAAGAAAAGAGUUCAACUCCCAGAGGUCUGGUUUUGGACACCAAUAUGGACGCCGUUUCAUUGUUUUGGGACACUAAUAUGGCCGCCGUGACGUCAUGUGAAAACGCUCUAAAGACUUCCCCGGUUUCUUUCAGUUUUCGAUAAAUAGCAGUAAGCGAAUAUCCAUUGACACUGCUAAAAAGAGGGCCUUAAAAUAUAGUAACUUACCACGUUUAACCCUUUAAGCCCUAAGAGUGAUCAGCAUCAAAUUUCUCCUUGUAAUUUCAAUGCUUUGUAAAACAGGGUGGUCAUGAGAAUUACGGUCAUGAUCACACAAGAUGAAUUUGCAUGAUAUUUUAUCAACUUCUCCCGACUACUUCUGCAGGAAAUGAAUAGGGGCAACAAAUGAGAAUUCAAAUUUUGAUCUUAGGGUUCAAAGGGUUAAAGGUGAUACGUGGUCGAAGUGGUCGCUAUGAGUGAGCUGACCGUAUUGCCCGUUUUACCGGCCCAAGCUAAACUCGAUUUACAGCGAGUGACGUAAGUCACGUGUGUGGUGUGACUCCCGCCUUAUUUCAACCAAUCGGAAGUCAGCAUUCAAUUUGCAACAACCUUGUUUGUUGCAUGACCGGUUUGAACGUGGAAGGUGAAACGCGCAACAUAUCUUUUCAUUUUCAACUCGUUUCUCAGCAAUGUUGCAAACCAAGUUGCACGUUUUUGUUGCCCAUUUUAAAGCACCUUUAAUGCCAGAAGCAGGUUACAAUUUCCGAGUUACCAGAACCUGAGUUAACACCGGUGAACUCUAUGAUCUUGCCACCAUGAUUUCGACUUUUCAACAUUUUCCCGGUUAGAUCAUGAAAUCUGAACAUUUUGCCAGCAUGGCCUUGCAUUUGCAACAUCUUCUCAGCAAGAUCUCUAAUUUUCAAGAUCUUGCCGCCAGGUUCUCUUGCUGUCGCGGACAAAAUCGUGAAGUUUUAAGAUCUCGCCCGCAGUGUCUUGAAAUUUGAAGAUCUUGCUGUUGGCAUCUUGACCUUUCCUGUUCAAUACGUAUGUGAAGCCUUCAUUAACUCUUGCUAGUAUGUUUCGAGAUAUUACCCUCUUCUGUAAUAGGCUUUACCUAGUUUCGACUAAGCAUUUUUUUUUCUAAAAAAGUUCUUUGGUUAUGAUUUUUUUCUUAAGUGAUAGCGCUUUCCAUUCCGGCGUGGUCGGCCUUAGUUUCUCUUGUCUUAAUCCUUAGUGACUAAGACUUUUCGGAAUUGUGGGGAACUUGCGGGGGAAAAGUAGCGGAUUUCAAGCGUGGAAAGCAAAAGUAUUAUUGUUUUUCGUUUAAGUUAGAAAAAAGUUUUCUCUGCUUUCCGAAAUCAGGGCUCUCUAAAUGUUCUGCAAUCCCUGAUAACCUUUUCAUCUCAUCUUAUCAAUCAAUCAAUUAAUCAAUCAAUCAAUCAGUCAAUCGAUCGAUCGAUCAAUCAAUCAAUCAAUCAAUCAAUCAAUCGACCAACUAACCAAUCCAUCAUUGAUUCAUUCAAUCAAUCAUAUCUAGCCGUAUACGUCAAGGUUCUUCGCUUCUUUUGACCUAAGCCAAGCGAGUGGAACACUAAAAGUAACUUUCUCUGUAACAUGACGCAAAUUUUUGUUGCAGUGGACGGUAGGAUCUGGGAUCAAGUUAUUGAACUGUAUCCUCGUCUUGUGGAAUGCUCUGUUUGUAACUCGACGCAAGUCCGACGAGCCUUGCGGGAGGCGCUUCAAGAGUACGCUGACUUAUUAAGAUCGCCGACUCAUGCUUCGACUAUGAAUGGUGAUCGGUAG